UUAUAUUUCGGUCUUGAAUUCAACUUUGUGCGAGACAUUUCAGUUCUUCGACGACUGUCGGCCGAGUUGGUAAGAAGAUACGGAAGAAAAGUAACGGUGUUGAUGUUUGGUAAUGAAAUGCCAAACAUUUAAGUGACUUGAAAAAAACGUUAUGUGCUUAAAGACGACGGCGUGUGCGCGUUUGUGUGAAGAGGAAUUGGUAUGAAAAUAGCAAGAAAUCUCACAUGAUUAAAGAUUUUUUUAAAAGUAAGAAAAUAAAGGAAUGUUUUAGCAUUCGAAAAAAUAUUUUUUCAUACAAAAAAAAAUAAUAAGACUGUGUGAAAAAGCUCGAAGUGAACACGUUGCAAGAUUUAACAAAAAAAAAAAAAUUUUUUAAAUAAAUCAAAUAAAAUGCAAUAAAUCACGAUUUUCCACACGCUAAAGCUUCAAGAUUGUGUGCAUUUGCAUUGUUUUUAUAAAUAUUUCAAAUAUUUUGAAAUUGUUUAAAGCGAAGUGGUGAAACAACUAAGCUAAGCAACAACAAAAAGUAACGACAAAAUCCAAACGUUUAAAUUUGUGAAUGCCAAACAAAUGCAAAUGCAAUAAAAAAAACACACACAAAAACAACAACAACAAACGAAAUAAGCAAAACACAACAAAAAGAAGGCAUUCAAACGAGUUUCCUUUUGGUGCAACUUUGAACGACUGACUGUCUUUGACGCGCCCGCUGCCCCUGCGUAUGCACACACACACAGCUCUAAGCAUAUAGCAGACAGCAACAACAACUACAACAAUAAACGGCAGAAACCACUUUUUUGCGUGCGCAAUUCGCCUGCUGCAUUUCCUCCUUUUGCCACCAACUGUCGUUCCACGGUGCUUGGCCGCUGCCUCUCUGCUGCUGCUUCUUCUUCAGCGCGCCCAAGCGCAUUGCAGCUGCAGUACGCCGCUGUUAUUGCACGUUUUUGUCUUUGUUUCGCGUGUAUUUGGUUUAUUAUUGGCCAUAAAAAUCGUUAAAAUACACACAUAUAUUAAGAGACUGCGCGACUGUGGCAACAAAAACAACAACAACAACACAAACGACAGCCACAAUAAUAAUAAACUGUUGUAAAGUGGCGAAAAAGCCAGCAAAGUAAAAAUAAAAUCAACAAACACACACACACGCAGGCGAUUACGAAUGCAACGAAAACCUGCAGUUGUCGGCGUUUAAAGUGCGAAAAAAGUACGCGGAAAAAGCCGUUACGUGAAAAAUUCUAGAAAUUCUGCAGGGGAAAGGAAAGACAGCGGAAAAGUGCUGUAAGCGCUUAGAAAAAAAGCAAGCAAAUUGAAUAACAAAGUUUCGGACGCAUAAUCUUAAACUCGUAAAGUGUCUGCGACAGUGGGCGAGUUCGUGCGCUUAACUGCAUUUUGUGUGAAGUUCAAAAAAAAGCUUUGAAUUGUGUUAUUGGUGACUCUAUUCGGUGCGAAAAUUUUGCGAUUUUAACAGCAGAACGUGGUUUGGGAUUUUUUUCGUUGAGUCAACAGCAGCUGAUGGAAAGAAGGUGCCUUCGCAUGUUUUAAAAAAGGCAUUCUAACAACAUUAAGUAGUAUCUCUCAACAUGUAAGCAAUAUUCCUAAUCUUCACCAAAUUUCACUCGGUCACAUAUAAAACACUAUAUUAACUGCUGAAACAUAGAGAGAAAACAAAAAAAAAAACGGUUGAACACAUUAAAAACUUCGCUCUCGACACAGAACACGCUCACUUGUGCGCCCAACUGCGGCCAUCGGCAUGUUCGGCCUAUUAGGCUCCUCACAAAUCUAUGGAUUACAGCAAGUGCAUGAGUACGGCAACAACAGCGACAACAACAUAAGCAGUAGAACACACAUAAGCAACAACAACGAUCACAAGCAACGUCGUUCCACAUCGAGUCACACGGAGAGCGGCAGCAAAUUUUUCGCCUCACUCAGUUCCAUGCAACAGGGCAUUAAAUCACCAACGAAUUUCAUUGAAAAAUUCAUUAAAAACGAACUACUCAGCGGCUACGAUAGCAUAAAGAAUUAUAAAAAUUUUCAAAAUUCCACAAGCGGCUCGAACAGCACCUUCUUCACCAGUCACAGCGGCACAGCAGCGACACACACACGCGCCGCAACACCUGGUUGCAUUGGUAGUGGCGGUGAGGGUGGCGACAUUCUGAGCGCCGAGAGUCUGCUGACCACUUUCAAUUGCCUGCAGGGCAGCUAUCGCAGCAACUGUGAUGGUGAGUUCUACGAGCCGGUAAAUGUGACCGCACAGCGCAAGCAAGCAGCGAACAGCUCAGUAGCAACAACAACAGCAACGCCGGAAGCGGAUAUGACGAUUAAAUACUCGAAGAACUUGCUCGCGAACACGCCAGCCGAACAGUCGCCCGCCACGCUGCAGAACUAUCAAAAGCUGUCGGAAUGCGAGCAAGACUUGCUGUUGACGCCGUCGAGUGGCGCGAGUUCGGGCGAAUUUAACAGCGAUGCGAACGGCAGCGGUCAAGCGACAACGCCGGUUAAUAGUUUGUACAAGCGCUUGUCAUUCGGCGGACGGGCGAGCAAGAAUGCGACGGAUAAUGCGACGACGGGGAUGACGACAGCGGCAACAAAUGAAAAUGUUUCCGACUACUCCUCGUCGAACAACUCAUCCGCCUCAUCGACACUCUCUUCGAAGACCACUUCAGUGUCCCUGAAAUCCAUCGACCUGCAACGCACAUCAUCCGCCUCAUCGUCCGGCGAUUGCGCACAGUUGUGCGAACGUCGGAAAUCGUCGCCAACCGCAAAUAUGGCGGAAUUAAGUACAGCCACACUUACGGAUGGCACCAGCACACUUCAAUUAACGCCAGAGCGCGCGCAACGACGCAAGCUCAUCGCAAUGAUCUCACAUUAUGAACAGCAAACGAAGCUGUUGCAACGCGAACUGGCCAAGGAGAAGCGACGUCGGGGCGAGGAGCUCGCCUGUGUGGCGAAAUCGUUACUGUGUUUCGAGUCGAAGCUGAAAAAGGAUAUGAAAGCCGUCAAUCAGCGGCUCUUCGAGAAAGAUGUGGAAAUCUGUCGUUUGGUGCAACAGAAUCGUGCAUUGCGUAAGCGACUAACGAAAUACACCGAAGCAGAGGGUGAGAAUGCACGGGACGAAGGUGUGGUUGAGGAUGGCGAACCAGAGACAGAAGGUGAGGUGGAGGAAGAGCGCAGCGGUAAAACGAAGGAAGCUGUGCUGGAGCGUCGAACUGCGUCGCCUGCGGCGUACAGCGACCAACAAUUGCUGGAAGACUGUUUGGUACUCGAAGCUUUGCAAUGCAUUAAUUGCAAGAAGCAAUUCUAUGACAUUGAUCUAAAUGAGGGCUGGACACAGAAUAUGUCAAAAGAUGGUACAAGAAAAAGUGUUGACCACACCACUGAACACGGCUCAUCGAGUGAUGAUACAGUCUCAUCGUCGUUUUACGGAGCCCGGCGCAGUGUACGCUAUACCAGCAAACGCACCUCCGGCACUUUCCGCGAUUAUAUGCGCUCGCGUGCGAUGAAUAUCGACGAUCCGACGUUGGACAAUAAUUCUGAGGAGAACACGAGCACAAUCAGUCGCGAUGACUCGCAAACCAGCUAUGAAAAACUCAAUAUAUAUUCGCGCACUAUCGAACGUAUGCAUGGCGUAAAGGGCGAAAGUGAGCGCGAGUCGGAGCAGAGCGGUAUGGAGAGUACUGUACGACCCGCUUCACGGCUAAGCUGCAAGAGUAGUGUUAGCAGUAAGAGCAGCAACAGCAGUUGCAGCAAGCAUAGCGCCAAAGCACCGACACCGCAGAUUGAAGAAGACGACGGCAUAUUUUCACCCACACAAGAUGAUGAUUUCGAAGAACCAGAAGAGGUCGGUGGACGCAGUAUUAAGAUUGUGAUGCGUCGCUCCACCGAAUUUUCUGAGGCUUCGCCGAAACAAGUCUAUGAGACCUCCACUGACGAUUGGUAUGCCAGUGCCUCCGAUCAGGAGGAAAUCACAACAUCUACGGUCGUCGCCAAAUCAUAUGCCAAUGGUGCGGUCAACCCGGUGCUCGAAUGCGUUAAUCAGAUACUAUUGCAACAGUCCAUGGAAGAGCCGGUAGCCGAACGGAAUAAUCAAACGACCGCCCAAAACCUUCAGGUCAACUACAGCAAUGCCACCUCCACCGCCAGUUUGCCACGUCGCAGCUCCCUGAGUGGACGACAUAGUUCACGUAGCAAUAGCCGUUCUAGUGAUGGGCAGCCGUCUCGUAGUGGUACUUUGACACGGAAGCGUGUACAUUUCUCAACCAAGAAUAGCAUGGUGCAUGUGCCACGCAACGAUGAGCAUGACGAGGAGGACGAAGAUGCCAAUGACGAUGACACCACACAGGACACACAAGAUACAAACGAAGCAAUGAUCUCAAGCCUAGCGCAAUAUCAUCCAAUGAGUUACUAUCCGCAAGCUGCACAGCAAGCUGCAUCUGCUAAAGCAGCCGCCGCCGCUGCUGGCACAAUUGCUCGCGGCGGCAUGCUUGCCGAAGUGAGCGAACACGAACGUCUCGAAACGCUAAACUACGAGAGUAUUUAUAGCAACGAAUACGAACCGAUUGGUUCCGAGCAUAACUCCUCAAAUCUUUAUGUGGACAUGGAGUCAGCAACCAAAUCGGCCACGAAUAAUGCUCCAAGCACUACAGUUGCCGUAGAUACAAAAGUACCAAAAACACCGCCAGCUUUGCCACCCAAACCAGCAAAUCUAUUGAAGUUUAAAAAAUCACUACAACAACUAGAUGAAUUGCCCGACGAGCAUCUACACCAGGAUGGGCACGCCGUAGUUGAGCCGGACUAUUGUUCCAUUUCGGAGGUGAAUAUGGGCAUAACGAGUGUGCAAAUAGUUGCCGAUAUACACAAAGCACCUGAAUCGGAAGCUGAUUUAGAGUCGAACUCCGCGCUUGAAGCGCCCAUCUCCGAACUCGACGUCGAAGUAUCGACAGUCGCUUCAGAUGAGACAUUCGCUGUCUCACAAAAGACUGAUGAAAUCGACGAGAUUUUCGCCGAUGUACCAAAGCUACCAAAUGUGGCGGCCAUUAUAGCGCCAAAACAGGCGAAAAUUCCACAACAACAGCCGACACAAAAGCACAACUUGCCCUCAGUAGAUUACCUGGUGAUGUCUCCCAAAGUAGAGACGCCUAAUAUGAAGUUGCAAAAUGCGCGUAAUGCGACCAUAUUAAAUACAGCCUCAGCAGCAAAACAACAGAUCACCUCUAACAAUUUGGAGGGCACACCUAAGGCAAUUGUAAAAUCCACAGUGAACACACCCAUAAAAUCUCCUAAUCGUCCAGAUACUAGCGCGCUUAAACUGCAUUUACACACACCCAGUCCGCUGCAAUACAAACGUAAACAUAUGCCGAACAUUCUCGCCGAAAUCAAUAAGCGCAUGAGCUUACCAAGUUCACCGACAACACCUACUGCACGACUGACCUUCGCCACUCCUACAAAGUCGGUCGCCGCAAACAAAUCGCCGCUGCAGCUUGGCGUCAGCACUCCGCCGAAUAUGCCAAUUCAAGCAGAGUUCGAUUGGUACAAUUUGGAUGCCGAGUAUGGCAAGACCGCCUUACAACAGCCCGAAUUACACAAGGUGAGCGACUCGCUUACUAACGGCACAAUGCUCGCCGGCAUACACGAAGAUGGUGAAAGUUUGGUCACAGCAGCCGACGAAUACAACUUGGAUGAGGAGUUCUCGCUCGCAAGCGAUAAACCGGACGAACUGAUGGCCGACAACAGUGAGCAGGAUAAUGAGAGUGCCGAGGAGAAAAGUGAAAUAAGUGUCGUGGAUAUGACGAAACCACUGCCGACAAAUAUUAAACUCUCAACACAACAUGCUGAGAAUAAAAAACUUGAUAAUGUCGCCGCCUUAAAUGCUGCCAUUUGUGAGGCUGUGAACUUUCCCAUGUUCGGUGAAAGUUCACCGCUAGUUGCGCUCUCACCAGCGAUUGCUCACCACCAUGCCAAGGCAAAGAAAAUUAAGAAGAAUUUAGCCAACUUUGAGAAAUUCAUCGAAGGUUCGGGUUUGAGCACUAAACCGCUACCGAGCAAGCGAAAAAUCUACUUUGCCGGACCAUUUGUGUGAAAUGUGGGAGAAAUCAAUCUGGCGAGAAGUCAGAAUAUCUAAAAAACAAGGAAAAGAGUGCAUAGCGCAACCAAUAAACUACGAAGUGCGCGCAAACUCAUAGGAGAAGAGAGAGCGAGUUUGGACUAACUUAGAGCUGAAUAUAAAAAUAGCGCGCUGAAGUGAUCUACAAACAUCCAUAUAAAAUAUAACAUAGUAGGAUGUGUUAAAAUAUUUUCUUAGAAUGAUUAAGUUGAUUUUUGUUUGUGUUAUUUUUCGUAGCUUGACGUAACGGUAAACUUUCUUAGGAUUUUAACUCAAAAAUUGUAUACGAUUUUUGUUAAUUUUCGAGUACAUUUCCCAAUCGUUCAUUUCCAUGUUUUGUGUAAUUUUUUAAGUAUUUUUUAUGAUAUUUAGUUAAGCGUUUACUAUUUUUUUAGUAAAAAUCGUGGAUUCUGUUAAGUAUAAGAUAAUUUUCUGUGUGUUUCCUGUUCACUAAAUAUAAUUUUAUAAUUACAUACAGUUAAAUUAUUUCUGAAAUAUAGUUCGCAUAUGUAUCUAUGUAUAUGUUUGUAUGUUUUUGAUAAUUAGUUUUAAUUAGAAUUUUUUAAUUAUAUACAUAAAUAAUUUUCAGCUUUCCGUAGCGAAGAAAUGAAAUGAAAAUUUCAUUUACAAACGAAUCUAGCGUUUAAUGUGACGAAUUGUAUUAGAACCUGUAAUAAUGUUUGUUUGAAGAAAUAAAUAAAAGAAAUUUGAAAUCACCCUGUA